AUGGAGAAUCAUUAUGCUACGGCCGGUCAAAAUUUUCCUGCCAAUAGCAUGAGACCACAAUUACUUAGAGGGAUUCCGGUCACGAGCCCACGUACGAUUCUUCCCACACUUGGUUCUGUUGGUGGAAGUGUUGAACCAUGCAGUAUUGUUGACAGUGAGAUAUUGAGACUUGGUCCUAAAUUUUAUUUUUAUUUUAUAAUUAGAAAAUGCAUCAAGACCUCUGGAUCACCUGCUCAACUGACGAUCUUUUAUGGGGGUGAAGUGAAUGUCUUUGAUGAUAUUACACCUGAGAAGGCUCAGGCUAUAAUGUUCUUGGCUGGAUCUAGUUCGGCUUAUCCAAAACCCCAAGCCCAGACACAUAUUUUGAAGCCAGUUCAAGUUGAAAGUGUUCCUGCAAACCAGAUCAUAAAUACACAAUUAAACUCUGGUGCAUCGAACCCUCACGUCGUUGCUGCUCAGUCCGGGAGUGGCUCCACUAGUACCGAAGAUCAGAUGAUAUGCAAAACCUCGGGAACCCGAACUCCAUCUACCCCUAUUAGCAAAUUUGAGCCUCCGAAAUUGCUGAAUACCAUGGGAUAUGUUGCUGCUACUGGCAUGAUGCCUUCUAUUCCACAGGCUCGCAAAGCUUCAUUGGCUCAGUUUUUUGAGAAGCACAAGGAAAGGGUAAUGAAUGCAGCAUCACCAUACAAUUUUAUCAAGAAGUCUAUAGAUUAUGCAACUACCUUGGAAUCAAGCGCAUGA